AUGCCUGCUACUCGCUCAUGGGCUCGAAGAAAGUCAUCACUCGGACUGGUCUCUGUACCGCCCGCAAAACCUGGAAUAUAUGGUGUACAAACUCCAGAACCAAAUCGCUUGACUUUUUGCCCCAACGUCACUCCAACAACAUUCAAAACUGAAGCAGACGCAGAAGACAUGUACGACGACUCCGCGGAUGAUUCUUCAGCGACACUUUUCCCUCCAUCCUCGACGCCUGCGCCUCCUCCUCGUAGACGACGUGCACCACCUGGUAAACGUCGCUCGCUCGGAUACAUUCCUCGUCCUCCGAAUGCGUUCAUGCUGUUCAGAGCCGAUUUCGUCAAGCAGAAACAUGUUCCAAACAGUAUAGAGACGAAUCACAGCUCUCUGAGUAAAAUCAUUGGAUCUUGCUGGCGCUCACUCCCCACUGAAGAGAAAGCUAUAUGGGAAAAGAGGGCCCGAGCAGAAAAGGCCGAGCACAAACGCAAAUAUCCUGAAUAUCGUUUCCGUCCUGUUCACAACAAGAAUAAGACUAAAUCUGCGGAUUCCCCCUCGGCGAAUAAGAAGACGAAGACCGAUUCGCUUCCCCCUCCACUUGCUUCUAUUGAAGCCCUGCGUACGGAACGGGAGGGAUUUAUCGCACAGUCCCUCUUAGACGGGCUCAAGGGUGAUGCUCUCAAGGAAAAGGUCAGCUGGUGGGAUGAUGCACAUGGCUGGGACGAAAGCGCCGAGGGCAUGGCAGCACUAGAAGCUCGGGCAAUGACACCGCACGUCCAGUCUAACUCCGAUGCUUUCCCUGCCCGUUCUGCUGUACCAAUAGCCAGAUACCCAGCUCGUCGUCCCUCGUCUGUUCCUCUUCCCAAUGACUUUCUUCCAUUCCAAGGCGGCUAUCAGCAAACUCAGCAGUAUCUCUCACAGUAUUCUGAUGCCCCCUUUUCUCAUGCUACAGAAACCUCUCACGGGCUUUCUAUGGACCUCGCCGGAUAUAAUGGUACCCAUGUUGCUCAAUCUUCGUUCCACAUGCUCCCACCACUAAACGCCCUUCGGCCUCCAUCGCCUUCUCCUACAAACUUCAAUGUUGGCUCAAUUUCACGCCAACAGAGAAUGGUCCUGGGCGGAAGACGAGCUUCUAGUGCGCAGGCGUUCGUCAACUACGGCCGUCCAGAAGAUUCGUGGGCGAUCCCGCAUACAAAUUGGCCGGACGUCCAUGGUCAAUGGGUCGGCGCCAAUUGGCAAACCGGAUACGGAGAAGGGACAGGUUCCUCCCCAUCGACGUCUGCAUCUUCUCUACCUCUACAGACGGAAACCGAUGAGUUGCCGGAAGUUGACACAAGCUUGUUUCAGCCUGGAUUUGCAUUUGGCGGCAGCACCUUCUCGAUUCCAUCGUCGCAACAACCGCAGCCUUCGCCUUUUGACGUGCAACAGCAAUGCAAUCCAUUCGAAAACUACAGUAUGGAACAGUCGAACGAUUUCGAACUCGUGCAGCAGUUCCUUCAGGAACAACAAAAUCAGUUCCACAACCCGCAUAACCUCUCACUCCCAGCUCUUGACACCCAUUCGUAUUCCCCUCUCGACACUUCGCCGCUGUCUAGCUCUUCCGUGCAGUCAUAUUCCCCCGCGUAUUCUGGCUCUCCACCCCCUUCCGAGAAAGAGCAGGAGCUUGUACUCCAUGCGCCACAACCUGUACAUCCCGCUUCUGUGGAGGAUGUGGGUUUGACUUACCAUGAACACGACCAAUCUCCAGCGCAAUCGUCUACCGAGGAUUUCCAAAUGCAGUCCAGCGGAUCUCGUUCGGCUUCAGCAUCGCUAUUAGCUCCCAUAGAUUCUGCUGCUGCCUUUGACGAUCUGUGGAAAGGUUUAUCUUCCAGCGGGUCGUUCGCUGCUGUCAUGGGUUUCUCUAUUGACUCUACUGUUCAGCAAGCGGAUGAGUUUGCUUAUCAGCAGCCUUCGCCUGUAUUAGAGAGUGAGAGUGGUGCGAAGAAUAGUCAUGAACCAGGUGCUUUUGCGAGACCAGGAAACGACGAGUUUCAGCAGCCGGUGCAAACUCAACACGAACAACUCACGAUGUAUUAG